CAAACCAAACCUGAAAAAAUCAAACCCAAAACCCCUAUUCGAUCCCGUCUUUGUUUAAAUUGAGCAGACGGGUGAUGAUUUGGCGGCAAAUUGAUGAGAUGCUGUUCCAACGGGCAAAAACUAUCCCCCAUCUUCUUCAACUCCACUCGCUCAACAUCAAAACCGGUCUCGAUCACCACCACUUUCUACUCUCCCAAUUCGUGUUAUCCGCGUGCUCCAUAUCGCUCCAUUUCGCGCGAUCAGUCUUCGAGAAAUCUCCGAUCACUCCCUCGUCCUUCACGUGGAACACGAUGAUCAGAGAAUACUCGAAAAGCUCCAGCGAAAUCGAGUCCGUGAAGCUGUUUAUCCGGCUUCUAAGAGCCGGAAUCCGACCUGAUAAGUUUGUGUUCCCAUCCGUGCUAAAAUCUUGCGGGUGUUGCUCCAUGGUUGGAGCUGGUGGGUCGGUCCAUUCAAUGGCUAUGAAGACGGGAUUUGUUUUCGACGUGCAUGUGAAUAACACCCUUUUGAAAAUGUACGCUGCUUGUGGCGUGGUUGAGUUCGCACGGAAGGUGUUCGAUGAAAUGCAUCAGAGGGACAUGGUUUCUUGGAGUUGUAUGAUUGCUAGCUACGUUGAUUGUAACCUCCCUUCAUAUGCUAUUAUGGCGUUCAAGAAGAUGAAGCUGGCAAAUGAAAAGGAAAAUUCAAUCACUUUGGUGAGCUUGGUUGCUGCUUGUACCAGUCUCCUUAUUGUCAGACUUGGACAAUCCAUCCAUUCCCAAAUCCUGACUAAUGGUAUCGAAUUCCAUGUCGGUCUUGCCACAUCUCUGCUUCAGAUGUAUGCAAAAUGCGGUCGUGUGGAAGAAGCCUUCCGAAUCUUCAACUCAAUGAGCACCAAAAAUCUGCAGUCCUGGACUAUCAUGAUAUCUGCACUUGCAGAUAACGGCCGAGGGGAAGAAGCAAUAUCCUUAUUUCCCAGAAUGGAAGAAGCCGGCCUGCGGCCUGACAGCUUAUCAUUUUCUGCAAUUUUAUCCGCUUGCAGCCACUUAGGUCUCGUGGAAGAAGGCCACGGGUAUUUCAACAGAAUGGUGAAUCUUUACGAUAUCAGGCCAACGAUGGAACACUAUGGAUGCAUGGUGGAUUUGCUCGGGCGCGCUGGGAAGAUAGAACAAGCUUACGAGGUUAUCACGAGCAUGCCAAUGGAACCCAACUCUGUCAUAUUAAGGAGCUUUAUUAGCGCCUGCAAACAGCACGGCCGCAGCAGCAUUCUUCGUCUCGAUGAACGCCUUAAAGAACUGCUGCUUAAAAUCGAGCCUGACAUUGCAGCCAACUAUGUUCUUGCUGCAAAUUUGUCUUCCCUCUGCGGGUAUUGGGAUGAUGCAGAUGGCCUGCAAUCAGCUAUCAAAGAAAAAGGCAUAAAGAAAACUCCAGGUUGCAGUUGGGUGCAGCUUCGUAGUGGCUACUCUGAGAAUGUAAAGGGAGAUACUGUAAAUUGUUGUAUUUAAACUCAGUUUAAUUUAUUAUCUAAGUUUGAGUUUAACUUUA